AUGGGUAAACCAGUCAAGAUGGACGGUCGGAUAAAUGGAACAGGAUCGACGUACGAACGUCGUGCCUGGACACGUAAGGAAGACGAUGCGAUCAUUCGUCUUGUGGAAGAAUAUGGCACAAAGCGUUGGUCAGUCAUUUCGGAUCAUUUAAAUGGAGAGCACCACGGCACAGAGCGAACGGGCAAACAGUGUCGCACACGUUGGCUUAAUCACUUAGAUCCAACCAUUAAAAAGGACCCAUGGACCGCUGAAGAAGAACAGAUUAUUGAGGAUGCGCAAACUCGUCUUGGUAAUAAGUGGGCUGAAAUCUCGAAGCUGCUACCUGGCAGGACGGACAAUGCCAUCAAAAAUCACUGGUAUUCUUCUAUGAGACGGACAAUGCGACGGAUGGCUAAGCAGCAGAACAAGACGUUGGGUCAGAAUAUUCGUAAUGGUGUAAGCAGCAAUAAAGCUGCUAAAUUUGGUGCCGAUACGUCUCCGGGUUCUAUGGUUGAAAUGACUCGAGACGCUUUAAACGCAGGCAACAAUUUUCGCCACGGGUUCUCCUCGUCUCAGGCAUCAGUAUACAAAGAAUGUUACAAUGCUUUGCUAAAUCAAACAGAAGAUGGGCGUCCUGGACAGAAACUUGGAAAAAAAUUCAACUCGAAGCGAAAACGGAAGGAUUUGCGCAUUUCUACCAGUGCUUCAAUAGGUGAAAACAACGGCAUGUUCUUGCCAGAUACGCCUCGACGCGUGCUGCAUACGCAAUUAUUACUGCAACUUUUAAACACAGGAGAGGAAGAGUUUGGAACGUUUUUCACCGUUUCCAGUACAACAAAUAAAAACAAAAAGCGCAAUAAAAGAAAUGGCAGUGGACUAGGUGAUGGUGAUGCGUUUUCCGAAAUGGAGAAUUCAUGUCACGCAUUCGAGCAUCUUGAUAUCGAUUUUAACGAACAAGUAGCUGAGUUUUUCAACAUGCCAACACCACAAGGUUUGCAGCCUCCGCACAGCUUACGUCGCUCCCCGCGAUUCAUGUCACCAGCAGGUUUGAUGAAAGCAGAUGGUACAAAAUUCUCGUUUGACGAUCUUGAUUUCCCAACCGAAUUGGACUCAAACACACUUGAAUUCGAAAUUUCAAAUGAAAAUGGUGGGGUGCUACGUCGCUCACCAAGACUUCGCACCGAUGUGUCAGUCGCUUUUCCUCACGCCAAUGCAUCGACAUUUGGUAUUGGUCGGCAGCCAUCUCCUCACAAACGCUUGGCACCUCCAACGAUCGAUGUUGCGCUUCAGCAAGACACUUUUGAUUUUGAUCACUCCAUUACGCCAACGUUAAAAAGUCCUCAGCUAAGGCAAUGGCUCGAUGGGUCACCGAAGAAUUUUGUUGCUUCUGUCUAG